CAAGAAGGCGAUUAGAUAUCCACGUGAUCACCCCCGGAGGGGCUCGUCUUUGUUUACACAUGUGUACAGUCUUUCGUAGUUCAGUCACAAGCCAAUGGAGGGCUGCCGCCUUGAACUCAGCCUUCUGCCUUGUCGCAUUCAAGGUCACCGCAGAUGAUAAAUGGCUGCCAACGAUAGCUGGGCUGAUUUCGAAAACUUACGCCAUACCGUGAAACAUAAUACUGUCGAUAAACUGAAGCAAGUCUUGACCGGCUUCAAUGAGCAGUGCAACACGUCGUUCCACAAGUCAGGAAAGAAACAGGAUCUGAUAGAUAGAAUCGUUCUCCAGAUGGAUUCUUGGCGUCAAGCCAAUAACGUCGAUAAAUGGACAAAGGCGCAAGCAGUUUUAAGUCAGGUCCGCAAUACAGGAGUUUAUUCCCAAAGUCGAGUCGUCGGAGCAUCUGGACAGCAACCUUCUCAGCCAAUGACCAAUCCUUCUUAUGGGGUCACAACCAUCGGUGGUGGGUUCACUAACCAAAUGGGCCGUUACGACCCGUAUGCGCCCCCUCGUGUUCCUCCGCCUCCAAUUGGCGCCUCUUCCUCAUCUAUGUCCAAACAUGUGAUCAACUUCAAGAUUUCGCCCUUCUUUCGGAUUGAACGACCUAUUUCUGCCAUAGUAGAAUGUCCAGAGUCGACCAGUUCGACGGAUCGAAAGCAACAGACGUUCUCGUUUACCUUGACCAGCGAACAUGCUUCAAAACUUAGCCAAACUAGUCCCAAAUACCAGCUACGAUUGUACUGUACGACUUCAACGUUCUACACUCCUAACCAUAUGGGACUUCGGGUACCUGGUCCGUGUCCGAUUGAAUUUCCACCUACCUGCGAAGUGCGCGUGAAUGGCGCGGUGUUGAAUGCGAACCUGAAAGGUAUGAAGAAGAAACCUGGUACCGCCCAACCUGCGGACAUAAGCAAAUCAGUGCGGCCGACGGGCCAGAACCGCAUCGAAAUGGUGUACGUGAAUAGUCAACAGCCCGUCCAGCCAAAGAAAUAUUACCUGAUGGUGUUCUUGGUCGAGGUUACGACGGUAGCACAAUUAGUCGACAGGUUGAGGAAGGGCAAAUAUCGGAGCUGCGAAGACAUUAUGGCACCCAUGAGAACCAGGGCCACAAUUGACGACGACGAUAUUGUUGCAGGGCCGCAAAAAAUGUCACUGAGAUGUCCGCUGACUCACAUGCGCGUUGAAACGCCGUGUAGAUCGGCGCUUUGCGUCCAUUCGCGGUGUUUUGACGCCACGUCGUGGUUUUCCUGCAUGGAACAAACUCCAACGUGGCUUUGCCCUGUUUGCGACAAGGUUGUCAAUCCUGACGAUCUCAUCAUUGACGGGUACUUUGACCAGAUCCUGCGAGAGACGCCAGAAGACAUAGAAGAAGUUAUAGUUGAGAACGACGGGCAAUGGCACACCAAUGACAACAGAUAUGCUUCUGUCGCGUGGCGCGCUGCCCACCCGUGCACCGCUCCUUGUGAUCCCUCACCGCCGCGUCCAUCGACGCCAGGUUCAGAUGGGGAGGCAGAAGCUAAGGGGCAGAUAAAGGAUGUAGAGAUUUUGGUGUUGGACUCGGAUGAUGAAGAUGAAGGACGAGUGAAGAGGGAGUUAUCCGAGUCUCACAACCCCUUGGCCAAGCUAGCAUCGCCUCGCGCUCCACCGGCAGCGAUUCGACAUUCUCGUCGUGAUGACGUGAUAGACUUGACUGCAGAUUCUGAUGAGGAACAAUUGCAGCUUGCGCCAUGCGCGGGUGAGAAGCGCAAGGCGACGCCUGGCACUCAGUCACCAACCGAGCAAAUAUGGAAAAAGUCGCGGUUAGAAUCUGUCGUUCCCCACGCGCAUUCGAAUCCUGGUACAGCACAGGUUUCACCAGCGUCGCCGACUACGGCGACGUUACCGCGACCGCUUCCUUAUGGGGGGUCUAGUGCUGUCUCGUACCCGGGGCCGACGUUACCGCCACUACGUCUUCCGUCCGGGACGUAUGUUCCUCAGACAGCGCCAGUGUUUAGACCUCCGAUAGCUCCCGUUGCACCCCCUCGCGACAACCCGCGUAGUGCCUAUGACCACACAGGCAAUUAUUUCACCGCUCGGCCUGGUAGCUCUACAUCGCGAUCUGUAUGGCCCUAAUCACCGUAUUACACCGUCAGUACAUAGUCGCCUAGUUUAUGUGGACGUUUUUAAUACACCGCAUGCCUUUUCCGAAC